AUGGGGAAUGUAGCCUCCGUCGAGGAUCCGGGGCGAGCCCGGAGAACGUCUCAUAAGCUGUCGAAACCCCGAACCGCCAACCUCGACGCCGAUGGCCUGCUGAGCCCCAAUGUCCUGGCCAAUCCCCGGCGGCGUUUCUCAACCAUGAGGACCAUGUCCCUCCCAUAUGGCACUUCGCCGGCACCGUCUCCCACCUCUGCCCCCUCCGACGACCCCGCCCUAGAUGGCCAGAUGGAGCUCGGGAAGAGUGAGCAGACUGGUGCGAGACCAAGGUCUCGGUCGAUUACACGCUCCGCGGCAGCCCUGUUCCGCUCCAAGUCUUCACAAGCCUCGCAGACGAGAUCGAGGCAGGAUAGCAUGGGAAUGCUGACCCCUUCCCCGAGUGCGCGGCCUAGCAGGGCAAAUUCCAUGAUCAUUGGUGACUCCGAGUCGUACUAUGUCCAGGCGAACCUGAAUGGAUGGUACACUGCAGGGUCCCGAAGUUCCGUCAACUAUGACCUCAACUCGUACGAAGCGAAGCGGCUUCUCAACCUAGUGGAAGAACAGUCACACGAAGAGAACUCAGUCUUGUCCGAGAGCCGAUUCCAUGUUGCAGAGACGUGGAAGAGCCCAGGCACAACGCAGUUAGCCGAUAACGAACAAGCGGCGCCAGCGGCAGCCGCGGCGAUAUCCAGAGCUAAUUCGGAUAUCACUCUUUACACUCCAAUGAGAAGAAGAUCUUUAAUGACGCCGGGCGUAGCGACGCGAGCACCAGAUGUGCCGCCGUUGCCAAAGAAGUCAAGAGCUAGAUUCAGUCUGCCCUCGACUCCUGCCCGCCGAGACUCACUCGAGUCGAUGAGUUUUGACAUCUUCCCGAGCCCAUCUUUUCACACGAACCCGGAGUCCAUACCUCGUGUCAUUACACCUUGUGAGGAGGAUUACCGCCAGACUGGCGCUUUCAAACUAGGCUCUCUCCGGAUCAUGAAUGCUAGCCCUGAUGGUAGUCGAUCCGAAAGAACCAUUGCUUCCCCAAAUGCCAAGGGGCGACCUUUGUUUGAGGGCCAGGGCUCUAAUUAUUUUGAGAGAGACCGUACUGGAAGCAAUCCUUUGCAGGCAGCUGGCCCCAUUGUGAUCGAGUCCCACCAAAUCCGCCUCCAAAGCCAGACCCUCUCCAUCGCGAACGUCUCCUCACCACAAGCCCUCUAUCCCUCAGAGUCCAGCUUGCCCGGCGCCUCACCCAGAUCCCCUAUAUAUUUGCCUGAGAUACAUCUAAGCCCCCUUGCUUUGGAGAAGUCUGAAGCUGAGGCGAUGGAGUUGCAAAUCACCAGCAAGCACACUGCGGUAGAGGAUGACUUAUUCGAGGAGGAUGAUCAUCAUGAGUAUUCCAGAACUGAAGUGUUAGACGUACGCAUGGAUUUGAGCGCCAAAUCUCUACCACCUCGACCUCGUUUGAUCUCUGAAGGGCGAAAUCCCCGAGAUAUGCACAGGUCUGACAGUGGUGUUGUUGCAAGCCCCAUUGCAGAGUCAUCGCACACACUCUUGGCCAAGUCAGAUUCUGGCUACAGCUCAAACGUUUCCCUGCGCUCGUUCUCUGGUAAGCCCGUGGUUCCUGAGAAAGAUCAGCACGCGAAAAAUGAGUCGGAGUCUUCAGUCGGUCCUCCCAAGAGUACUGUCCCAGACUUGGCUUCCGAGACUGUUCCUACACCUGCUGCCGCAGAAAACAAAGACGACACUCCUCCGCCUGUUCCACGGAAAGAUUCUCCCAUGUGCCAUUCCAGACCAUCACAGGACUUGACCCCUGCAAACUUGCCAACCUCUCAGCUGCGUGGACCGGCUAGCCUAUCUAUCAAGUCCAAAGGCCUGUUGUCUCCAACCAAAUUCAAGGGAACAGAAGCCUUGGCGCCGCCCGAAAACUCACCACUUAGCCCGACAAGUUCCACAACAUCUUCCUCGAAUCUUAGUGAAGGGAGCGGGCCUCGGAAGCCGGGAAGGCUUGAGCGAUUUCUGAGCAGUGCCCGUAAGCCCCGGGCCGUGAACGCGAUGAAAUCGUCAGAAAAGGCCGGGAGCUCUCGCCCACAAGAUACCGCCGCCAAACCCGACGACCACACAACAUUUUUGCCUCUGAGUUUAAGGCGCUUGACACUAAGACCUGAGCCGAGUCAUGCGACUUUGGGCACCAUCGCCAGCGUUGGCAGUGCUGAGCAUCAACAUGAGGAGAUGGGAUCAGCUCCUGUCCUCCCAAAUAUUGUUGCGACUGGACCCGAGAAUGGGAACGAGAGUCAGUCUCACGACGCUGGCACCACACUUCGGUCCAUGGGAACGUCGUUGGCACAAACUGCAAAUAUCGUUAUCCCCACACGGAAGCCUAUCGUUCGGAAACCAGUGCCAAUUCGAGUCUCGACAGAGAAGCAGAAUGGGCGGGUAAAUCCUGCACAGGUAGCCGGAGCCGCAAGCAAGGGCGAAAUGCAAUCUCUGCUGUCAGUUCCGGAGCAAACCACCAAUACUGCGUCAAGAAGGCACACGAUCAGUAUUCAGGGACAAGAUAAAUUUGAGUUGAGAUACACGUCACUUGAUGCAAGUUUUGGCGUCCGAGAAAAUCUGGCCCCAACGUCUCUGCGACCAUUCUCACCACCAGAGCACCUAAGGAAAGCGAAGACACCUCCACCUGUGAGCAUGAGGACGAGGAAUGCUGGGGGCCUGCGGGUUCCCCCACCGCUGAGGGCGCAGUCGACGCCGCCAGGCAACCAUCGUCGGCCUAGUGGAACGAUCCCUAAUCUCCCCCGUAAGGCCAGUCGGGAGAACGUCUUCAGUUUCCCUCCUGCGAUCGACCCACGAGCUAGACCAUCCCUUUCACGAAACUCGAGCCGCAACAGCGUGCGAAGUUAUCCACCCGCGCAGGAAUUUUAUCAGACCCUCGACAUCGGAAGGAUGGGCCCGUCUCCUGGCCCUACGCACCGGGGCCGGCCUUUGAGCAUUAUGUCAAGCAACGGCGAGUACAGAAAGACGAACUGGGAGGUGCAAACUGACCAUGACGAAUCAUCUCGAAGAUCGUCUUUCGAUCGGAGUCGUCGAAACUCAUUGGUAAGCCAGGGGAGUUCGCAUGGUAUUGGGCUCUCGCGGCCUCCUCAAUUGCCACCGAACGGCCUCCAUGGUAUGCCACAGAAUCUUCGACAUCGAGCUAGCUAUGAUGGCCACGGAUACCAACCCGUAGCUGAUACAGCCGAGAGCUUCCUGAAAGACAAUGGCCCCUAUCCCUCUAUUCAGAAGAACGGCCAGGCGUACGUCACAGACCCGUGGAGCGGCCGACCCAUGUCACAGCAAUGGGACCAGCAAGGUCGAUACCCACCAUAUGUGCCUCGCGGCCAUUCCAGGAACCGGAGCGUGGGAUCCCAUGGCAUAAGUGCUCCUUACCGGGUAUUGCACAGCUAUAAUUCACCGGCAUACAAACAUGUGCCUAUUUGGGGUUAG